CACGCCUCUGCUCACUUUUUCUUUCGGUCUAUCGGUCGAUCGAUCUAUUCAUUGACGACCAGUGGCUGGCUUGUAUAUAUUAUUACUAUCAUUAUUAUUCUUUGUCUUAUAUUAAUCUUUAAUUCCGGACCUGUUUCUUUGACCAGUGCUGAACCCCUCACAUUGCGUUGAAACCACAUGUGACUAUAGCACGACACCAGCAUCUUGCGCUGACAGCUACUUACUGCAUAAACCCUAUCAUCAUGGCCCAGAAAGCAGCCAAAAACCUCGCAGCGCGCAAUGCCGCUCUCUUGCUCCGCACCCAUAUCAUCACCGCCUGCCUCCAUGCUGUUUUCCUCUUCCUGCAUUGGACUUUUAACCGCCCCGGUGCGAUGAAGCCUUAUUUUCUCCUCGCUUGCCCGACUCUCGCCAUUGAAUUCUACCUUGAGCGUUUGGGUCGUCCGCAAUUCCAUGCCGCUGAUGGAUCUCUUCGCUCUGCGGGAGAGGAUCUCGGGGCGUCGGGUCUUACGGAAUACAUGUGGGAUGUCUUGUACUGGACCUGGGGCUGUAUGGGUGCAGUCUGUAUUUUUGGAGACCGUGCUUGGUGGCUGUGGAUUGUAGUGCCAGUAUAUACCGUUUGGCUGGCAUACAGCACCUUCACCGGUAUGAAGAGCGGACUGGCCGGAAUGGGCGGGGCACCCGACGCACCUCAGGCAGCGGGUGAGAGCAAGAGGCAGAAGAAGAUGGAAAAACGAGGAGGGCAGCGGAUGCAGUACCGGUAA